AUGAGUUUCGGUUAUGCUGUGGGCGAUAUCGUCGCCGUUCUCAACCUCAUCGAGCGAGUGGCUCACGAGGUCCGAAAUUACCGCAAUGCGCCCGCUCACUUCCAGCAGCUUCAGCUGGAGCUGGACCUGAUGCGAAAUACUAUCCAGCAGCUACUCUACAUGGAGGCCGCCGACGAUGUGGAACACGCUAGUUUUCAGCGUAUUCGGGCAAUCGCAAUGCAUUGCCUUCAGCCUCUUCAAGCGUUCAUUAGCAAGAUGCAAGGGAAAGAGGCUAAUCUUGGACACUUCCGUACGACGCAAUCUCUCAGCGGUUUCGGCACACGUUUGCACUGGUCGAUGGUCUCCAAAGCUGAUGUGGAUGAUCUACGCAAGACUAUCCUCUCAGAGAUGGUCGCAAUCAGUCUCCUCCUAGGCAUGCAGCACUUAACAUAUCUGAAGAAGUCUUCGCUCGAAUCUCAACAGCAGAGGAGAAUCCAGGCCGCAACAGCUGCUACCCACUCACGAGACGUCCUGACACAAACCUCGACUAUUCUACAAAUCGUUCAAGGCAUUCCAGAAGCCUUCACGCAUAUGCGAGAGUCUACGGUCGCUCACCGAACGCAACAGAACAGACGGCUCAAGCAAUUGGACGACAGUCUAACAGUCAUGGCUAAUAACAUCAAGAAAAUCGAUAUCGAUGUGAACGCAGCUGUUUCCCUUGCCUCACGAGUAGGCUCACGAGCUACUCAAACUAUCGUUCGACUCUUCAACCCGAUCUUAGAGGUGAAGAAGCUGGUCCAACUGCUGCUCCAUUGUUCAAGUAAACUGCUACAUGAAGUUGCCCGCAAUGCUCAAAUGCUUCUCAGCCUUCAGGACAAAAUGCGACAGGUCAUACGUGCGAUCGAGGCGAUCCCGCUACAUCUCACUUUGGAUAUCAUCCGACUGGAUGAUGCACUGGGCGAGAGCUGGGGCCUUCCAUUCCAGGCGUGUACUCAAUGGCAAGCCUUGAAAAACGUCCUAUCUCAGGUCGUCUACGGAAAUGGAUGGACCGGGGCUUCGCUUAUUUCUGCGGAUAUGUUCAUGAUUGUCUCUGCCAAAACAGGUGCCGUUAUCAGACCUCACCAGUGGGCCCACGUGGCAAAAGCAGGAAUACACGUUCAACAAGCCAUGGUUACUUCCCAGUCCGCAGCACAAACUCAAAAGGACACUUGUCCGUAUCAAUCAUGCGGCGGCGCUCUAGAGUUGCAGGCGAUGACAGACUCAGAUGAUAGAGAUAGGGAACCUACAUCUAGAGGAAGAACUUGGUAA